AUAUAUAUAAUGAAGAAUAAUGUUAUUUUAACUGACAACCAGAACCAAUAUCAUUUGCAAAAAUGUUUUGCGUUGUAUAAUCUAAGUCUCGAAUACAAUCGACGAAUGAAUUAGCUUUAUUUAUUGAUAGAGGAACACUGAAACAUUGAAAACUUUUGGAGUCGUCUUUUCUUUCCUUGGGUCCCUAGGAUCGGGCUGAUUAUGGCAACAUUUCACCGAAUUUCAUUGUUGGUGUUGAGCAUCAACACAGUUCUGCUCAGCACUGUAGCUGCGGCCCAGAGCGAGGAGCGAGAGUGUGCUUUCAAUGACCAGCACCACCAGUUUGAAGAGCAACGUGCCGGUGAGAACGGCAUCUCCAAGGACAACGGCACUAUCCACUGUAUGAAAGGGAGCAAUUGCUAUGGCCUGUGGGAGAAGACCAGGGAUGGAGAGAUUCGCCUUGUAAAGCAGGGAUGCUGGGCUCACCUCAGUGACCAGCAAGACUGUCACGACAAGGAGUGUGUGGUGACAACCACCCCUUCUCAGAUCCAGAAUGGCACUUAUCGCUUCUGCUGCUGCAGCACGGACAUGUGCAACGUCAACUUCACAGAGAACUUCCCGCCUCCCAGCCCCACCACCGCACAGCCCUACAAUCCAAACAGUCGUGAGGAGACCAUCGUUAUUGCACUGGCCUCCGUUUCGGUCGUGGCUGUCCUGAUCGUAGCACUUUUCUUUGGGUACAGGAUGCUAACCGGAGACCGUAAAGCAGGCCUUCACAACAUGAACAUGAUGGAAGCAGCUUCCUCUGAGCCCUCCCUCGACCUGGACAGCCUCAAACUGCUUGAGCUGAUCGGGCGCGGACGGUACGGAGCGGUGUAUAAAGGGUCCCUGGACGAGCGUCCCGUGGGUGUGAAGGUGUUCAACUACACCAACAGGCAAAACUUCAUCAACGAGAGGAACAUAUACCGGCUGCCACUCAUGGAACACGACAACAUCGCCAGAUUCAUCGUGGGGGACGAGAGGCUCACUGCUGAAGGCCGCAUGGAGUACCUGCUGGUCAUGGAGUACUAUCCUCACGGUUCUCUGUGUCGGUACCUGAGUCUGCAGACCAGUGACUGGGUGAGCUCCUGCAGACUGACUCACUCUGUGACCCGCGGCCUGGCGUACCUUCACACCGAGCUGCUGAGAGGAGAUUACUAUAAGCCUGCAGUAUCACACCGGGACAUGAACAGCCGCAACGUACUGGUAAAGAACGAUGGCACGUGUGUGAUCAGCGACUUCGGACUCUCUAUGAAACUGACAGGAAACAGACUGGUCCGGCCGGGAGAGGAGGACAACGCAGCCAUCAGUGAGGUGGGAACUAUCCGAUACAUGGCCCCCGAGGUGCUGGAGGGAGCUGUGAACCUACGGGACUGCGAAUCCGCCCUCAAGCAGGUGGACAUGUACGCACUGGGGCUCAUCUACUGGGAGAUAUUCAUGAGGUGUACAGACCUCUUUCCAGGAGAGACUGUGCCGGAGUAUCAAAUGGCAUUUCUGAUGGAAGCUGGGAAUCACCCCACCUUUGAGGACAUGCAGGUGCUAGUUUCCCGAGAAAAACAGCGGCCCAAGUUCCCUGAAGCCUGGAAGGAGAACAGCUUGGCUGUUCGCUCUCUGAAAGAGACGAUGGAGGACUGCUGGGACCAGGACGCAGAGGCGCGGCUCACUGCACAGUGCGCUGAGGAGAGGAUGGCAGAACUCAUGAUGAUCUGGGACAGGAAUAAGUCUGUCAGCCCCACCGUCAAUCCAAUGUCCACUGCCUUGCAGAACGAAAGGAAUCUCUCACACAGCAGACGAGUGCCAAAGAUCGGCCCGUACCCCGACUACUCCUCAUCCUCCUACAUCGAGGACUCCCUGCAGCACGCCGAGGGCAUCGUCAAGAACCUGUCCAGCGAGAACUCGACCCCCUCCACCACCGCCGCCGGUACGGGGCCCGAGAAGAACCGAAACUCCAUCAACUACGAGCGGCAGCAGGCCCAGGCGCGGCUCCCCAGCCCCGAGACCAGCGGCACCAGCGUGUCCACCACCACCACCACCACGGGACUGACCCCCAGCACCGUCAUGACCACCAUCUCGGAGACAACCUUCCCCGACGACAGCCUCCUGCAGCACGGGGGGCCCUCGCUGGUCUGCCUGCAGCUGACAGAGGAAGACCUGGAGACCACCAAGCUGGACCCCAAGGAGGUGGACAAGAACCUGAAGGAGUGCUCGGAUGAGAACUUGAUGGAGCACUCCAUGAAGCAGUUCAGUGGCCCCGACCCGCUCAGCAGCAGCAGUUCCAGCCUGCUCUACCCUCUGAUCAAGCUGGCCGCGGAGGUCACUGGCCAGCAGGAUUUCGGCCAAGUGGGUGGCUUGGCUGCCAGCAACGCGGGCCUGAUGGCGGACAUGCCGUCCGCACCCAUAUACCCCCUCCCCAAGCAGCUGAACCUGCCCAAGCGGCCCACCAGCCUGCCGCUGAACACCAAAAACGUCACCAAGGAGCCUCGCCUGAAGUUCGGCAGCAAGCACAAGUCCAACCUGAAGCAGGUGGAGACCGGGGUGGCCAAACUGAACACAGUCAACGCAGCCGAGCCUCACGUGGUGACAGUUACCAACAACGGGCAAAGCCGAGGGCAGAUGCCAAACGUGCCAUCUUCCUCUUCCUCCUCCACUGCCGCCAUGCACACCCAGUACGCCAACGGGUCAGUGCCCACCAGCCAGCUGGCCAACGGUUCUGCCCAUCGUGUCCAAGAGGCCCUGCAGUCUCAGUUCAGCGUGGAGGACAGCCGACUGAACAUCAACUCCAGCCCGGACGAGCACGAGCCCCUGCUGAGGCGGGAGCAGCAGGCUGGCAGGGACAACGGCCUCAUGGAGAGGCUCGUGGACAGGAGGGACCACCGGGCGCUGGAUGCGGGCCGGACAAACUCCAAUAACAACAACAGCAACCUGUGUCCAGCUGUGGAGCGGGCGACCAUGACGGUGGCCGGCACAGACAAUACUGCGGCAGAAACAAAUCUACGGCAGCCCCGGGGGAGGAGAGUCGAGAGGCCGAACUCACUGGAUCUGUCAGCCAACAACAGUCUGGAUAGCUGCGACAUGCAGGUGAAUCAAGCCCAACAGCAACGCCUGCUGGGGGGAAAUGAAACUGCAGGAGUUGAGACUUCACUUCACCUGCAUGUUCAGGGAUCAGAACGAUGCACUGCCUUGUUGAGACAAUCUGCAGCGUUGUUUAAAAGUGAAAUGCCACGGGAUGGCAAGCCAGGCUCUGGGGAGAAGAUCAAGAAGCGAGUGAAGACUCCGUAUUCCCUGAAGAGGUGGCGCCCCUCCACAUGGGUCAUCUCCACAGACACAGUCGACAGCGAAGUGAACAACAACAGCCACCAGGGGGCAGGCCGCUCCAAAUCCAGCACUGCUGUCUACCUGGUGGGCGGAGGCACUGCCACGGCAACCAUUCCCACGGAUAACAUAAAUGACCUGCUUGUGAACUGUUGACCUUUUUAUUUCACUUCAAGUGACUUGAUGUGAAAAAGAAAACAAAAAGUAACAAAAAAAAAUUUACAAGCAGCUUAACUUCCCACCUCACCUUCAAAGACUCGCUUUAAAUAGAAUUCAGCUAUGCAGCAAGUUUGGCGUACAAUGCUUCCAUUUUUUUAUGUUUUUGUUUGAAAGCUUCUUUUUUUUUUGCACUUUUUAUUUUUUAUGACACCGUUAAGUCUUGUGAAGAAGGAUAAAAAGAAAAGAAUUACAAUGUAUUGAUUUACAAUCAACAUAGGCCGCAUAUAUAUAUAUAUAUAUAUAUAUAUAUAUAUAUAUAUACACAUAAAGGUCUGUAAAAGAAUGGUCUUUAAGACAGGGAUGACUGCUAUGGAUUUAUGUUUUGUUGGGCUAUUUUUGUUUUAUGUAUACAAUGAAGAUUUAUAUGCGGAUGCAUUCAUGAGUGUACUAUCGUUGUAUUCCUCUUUUUGUAUUAUGUUUGAAAUGUGCAAUAGGCUUUAGCUUUGCAGUGCUCUGGUUUAAAUUAAACGUGUUCUACAUUUUUGCAUCAAUCUAAAAGCAGUGCACUUACAGCAGUGGUAAACUUGCACUGUUCAGCCCCCAUUCGGGCCUCAGUUCUGGGUUUGUUACAAAACACAGAAGCAUAGAUGACAAUCCUCCGUUAUUUGCUGGAGCAAUUUGUAAGAUUUAACAAAUAUAAAAAGGCUCCCUUUAAAUUCUAGCAAUGCUGCUGCAGGUCUAUAGGUCACAAAUACAAUCAUUAGUUUGCUUGCAGAACUAAUAAAAAAGGUAUUAAUGCUUAAUACCCUCUAAAUUUGCCUUCUCUUUAUGUUAUGUUUAUUAUUCCAUCGUUGUGUUCUUAGUCCCCGUUGUCUGCUGUACUACGGCACUAACGCAUGUUUAAUAAAGACACUGGCCAAUUUUACCUUUGGGGGUCACAAGGGGUGUGCACUUGUUAUUUUUUCCCCUUGAAACAGUUGGUUAUAUAUUUUCUUACCCCUAGUCUUAUCCCUAGUUGUCAAUUCUAAACUCAUUACAGAAAUCCUUUGCUUAGGCUUGCCCCAAAAGGUAUAAUAUGGUGGUAACUUUAUUAAACAUGCAAAAUCUGUUUAAAAUCUGAAAAGGUAAUAAAUGAUGAUCAGGAACACAUAGCAUGAGCUAAUAUAGAGAUAAAAAAUAUAUUAUAAUACGUAUUAUUAUGGUUAAAUAAAUAAUAUGCAAAUUCAAAGGGUAUAAAGUAUAGCUUUUUAAGAUUUUCAAGACUAAACUUUCUGCAUGACCUACAGGAUCACACUGCAGGAUAUUUCCCUUCACUUUAUUUUAAGUGUUGGCAUUACUGCUUGCUGGCCACUCUAUGCAACAGGGGUCCCCUUGCGUAAGACAUCAGCCUGGUUAGUAAGGGUUAAUAGUUUCCAUUAGAAUGGUCUCAUACUGAGAGCCGGUUGUUGUUUUUUUUUGUUCUCCAUAUCUGAGGAUUGUGACAAGUCCAGGCCCCAGAGUUGAGGUUUCUAUGAGGGUGUGAAGCCUUGCAUAACUGGAAGACUAAAUUACUUAUGUUAAAUGUAUGCCCUACACAGUGUUUGAACCUUGUUACUUUAUGUCAUCACCAUUUCCCUAAUAUUUCAUAUCUUGCUUGCUUUAAAAAAGCUACUUUGUGUAUGUGUUAUGUAUGAUUUUCUGAUAUUGUUUCUUCUUAGAUCAUUAUUUGCCCCCCUUACUAAACGAUUCCACUAAAGAAAAGUCUGAAAAGAUAUAUUGUGGGGAAGUAUAUAGGUGCCACACACGAAAGUCCACUGGUGAAGUAUUGUGCUUUGAGCCGGUGCAACACUGAUAUGCUUCCCAUAAGCAAACAACAACAACAAUAAAGAAUGGUGUCGAACACGCGGAUUAGGAUAUUAAACAGGCAGGGAAUGAAAAGGCACAUGCUAGUUUGGUGUUCCAGUUUGUUAAGUGAAGGGAUGAAUAACGGCAGGGAAGGUGGGGGUGGAGAAGGUUGGGCUACCAAGCUCUCAAUUCAUUGUGACUCUAAACUCUACAAUGCAAACUCUUAACUACAGAACCUUAAAUCACUCUCUCUCAGCCUGACAGUCUUGUAUUGAAUUCCCAACAAUGAGUUGUUUUUUUUUUGGACCUUGUUUAUGUUUUGUUUAUUUGUAUCGUUUGUGUACCGUACUUAAGCUAUGAUUAUUCUCAGUCACUGUCGGAAGGUGGCAGCUUAGAAACCAUAUUUGCAGAGAGCCAAACGUUUGUUUUAAAAGUUACUUGUAUUUACAGUACAUUAUUACUACAAAGAAUCUAAUGUUUUUUUUUUUGUUCCAUAUGCUACUGUUAUCUAUAUAAUAAGGGUACAUGAGUUUAAAAUCAUGUCACUCGCUGUAUUUUAUUGCUUUAAUUAGACUUGGCAGUUUUAGGUUUCUAAGGCAACUCCUUUAUAAUCUCAAAUAAACAGCCACUGAUAAUGACUUACUCCACAGGUUUGACUAAACUUCUGUACAUGAUCAGGUGAAACUGGCUUCUUAACCAAUUGUUUUUAAAGUUGUAACCUAUGAAGCGACUACAGGUCACACCUCAUGUAAAAUGCCAUUCCAAGUUUCUUCCUGUAUCAUUCUGACAAGUUUGUCUUGGCCUUUUCUGUCAUUUUUUAAUGGUUUUCAAAACAAGUUCUGUGAACUCCUUUGUGUAAAUAUCUCCAGAUUUACAGUUUUAUGAAAUCCACACCCUGAGUUAGAUGUUUAAGAGAUGGUUUAACUUUUACAUUGCAAGACUUGCUCCAAGUUCCAGAAACAUGCUACCAACCUUAUGUUACCCUCCCUGCCCUAUUCUGAGCACAGCACCGGAGAGGCUUACACUAGCAUUGUAUCAACAUGCAGAGAAGACACGUUGAUUGAUGAGGGCUUUAAAUGUCUGAGAAAACGCAUUGGUUGAUUUCAUUUCAGUGCAGUUUUCAGUGGUUGUAAGGCAAUGCUUAAACAUUAAUUUGAAAACUUAAAAUACAGAAAUGAUACCAAGUUCAUAAAAAAAAUGCUUUAGUAGCUUAAACUUCACUCACUACACCACAACAACAACAACAACAGAGUUAUGUUAAAACUUUCUGUUAAUGCUAAAAUUAAUAACAACAUGCAUAGAUCUGUAUACGUUAUAUGCGUAUACAGUUAUACCUAAUGCGGAAAAGCCAUGAUGCAUGUAGCAGCAGCGCAGGAUGCACAACACCGUUUCACAAUCUCAUAGGGCAAGUACAGUACAGUUUUAAAUGCAUUUCUGCUAGUGGUCGGUAACUACAUUUGAAAAUACGGCGAAGCAAAUUCAAUAACCUAACCUGCAAUUAUAUUGUAAAAACCUAUAACUGCCUAUGUAAUUAUCAUUAUUUACCAGAGGCAAUGAAGAUCUUUUCAAAAGCAAUUGAGUGUCAUUGCCUUGAUUCAGUAAAGACUACAUAAUUAUUUCUUAGUAUUAUUUGACAAAACAGUUUACAAAUGGUAAAAUUAUCCACUUUUGUGUAAGCUAUGGGAUACCCAGCUGAGCUGUAAAAGUUGUGUUUUCUGAAAUAAUUGUAACUAUUCAAAGCUACUUUUGUCUUCUGACUUCACUACAGAAGCUAAAAAAUAAAAUAAAAUAAGCCACUAAGAUGUUUUCUAUUGAUGCUUGCAAGUGCGUGCUUUGGUACUUAGGGAACUGAAUGAAUUGAACUGAAUACUUUGUUCAGGAAAUUUCUGAGAAAAAUACGUGUUAAGAUGAAAUAAAAAAAAAUACAAAAAAAAAAA